GGAGAUGAAGGAGGAGAUGAAGAGGAGGGAGGAGGAGCUGAAGGAGGAGAUGAAGGAGGAGAAGAAGGAGGAGAUGAAGAAGGAGAUGACAGAGAGAAAAAAGGAAGCAGACCAACAACUAGCUAACCUAUUGAGGUUUGAGGAAGAGCUGAAGGAGACACAGAGUCAACUGGAGAUCCAGAGAACAGAGAACAGCAGAGUGAAGACAGAGUUAAACGAUCAACUCCUCACUGAGCAGAAGAGGGAAGAGGAAGCUAGGAAACAUCUGAAGGAGCUGAUGGACCAAAACAAGGAGUUUGAGAAGAAGCUCCAGGAGGAGAAGAGAGGAAGAGAGGAAGCUGAGAGAGAACUGAAGGAUCUGAAGGAAGAGGUGGAGAGCAAGGCGCAAGCUGUUGGAUAUGAGGAGCAGCAGGAGGGCGUCCGCUCGGAGAAUCAGACCUCAGACUCAGGAUUUAAUAUCGAUGUCGACCGACGGUGCAAAUAUAUCUGGCUCAGAAACAAAUCCACUAAGUACAAACAGAUGAGAGACUGGGUGUUACAUCUGCAGGUUAACAACAAUGAUCCCAUCAUGUACAGAUUUGAUCAAUCUUUCAAACUUGAGGCUGGAAGAGAUGUCACUAUGUGGGCUCAAGGUGAAGAUCUCAAUCGUCCUAACACUGAGCUGGUGUGGAGCGACCUGAAGCCCUGGAGCUCUGGAGACAGACUGAAGUUCACCCUCUACAGCAACACUGGAAGGAUGCAAUAUGAACUCUGUAUGACAUCCACUUAAACAGAAUAAUGAACCUCCUCUGUUCUGCUCUGUUGAUCUUACUCCAGUUUUAUUAGAAGUUUCAAAUUAACUCUCAAUUUCAAAAACACAUAAAGCAGGAGUUUCAGGAAGUACCUCAAUCUGAGAUGAGAUGAGUCAUGAGAGAAAGUUCCCAUUAUAAACAUCAUAAACAGGAACAGCAUGACUUCCUGCCCAAACACAGGUUGCUGUGACGCUCAGUGAAGACGAGGAGAUCAACCAUUUACAGACACACUUUUAUUAUUCUGAUAUUCAACAAUUUAAAACAUGUUUUGUGGUAAACAGAUCUUCCUCUGAUUGAUGGCCACUGCUUUUAUAUUUUACUGAAAAUCUACUCUUUUCGUUAAAAAAUUAUAAUUUAGAAAUCUCAGAUAUGGAAAUGUUUGAAAUUGUGUUUUGUAUUGAUAGGUUCAGAAGCUGAUGUCCCGCUUUGAUAAUAUUCACUUUGGGAAAUACCAACUUCUGUAUAUGUUUGUAAUACAUGUCACAUGGGGUGCUACUUACAAUUUACAAAAAAUAUAUAUAAUUGAGUAUUUCAGGGUUGCCAACUUUGGGUACCUGGCUGGAGUGAGAUUUUGAUAUCAUGGGUUUAAUUCGGUUUAA